GGGCCCUUUACGCACAUUCCAGACUCCGCCUUUCUCCCGGUUGCGUAUGCCGCCCGAGAGCAGCAGCGUGGGGCAGCCGCGCCAUCUACCCAUAUGGGUCAGGCUGAGGGGCGGUUAAGCAACUCGAGCAGUUUCCCGGGGAUGAGUCAGAGGACGGCGGGAUCGGCCUGACGGGGCGCGGGCCGGCCAUGCAGCGACAGCCCGAGCCCUUUUCAGACGCCUGCUUACCGGCACGGAGGUGCCAGGAGGAGCAGUCGCCCAAGCGCUUCGCUGCCCCGGACUCUCCGCCUGGGCGGCUCGGCCCCCUGCACCCUUCGCGGCGCCCAGAGCGGCGGCAGCGCUAGCGCCUUCGCCUUCCCCAUGGAGUCCAGAGAAGCCCAGGACAGUAGCGGCGGGAGCAGCCCGGAGCUGGGCCGGAGGAGGCAGCUGAGCGUGGGAGAGCUGUGCUCGCUCUUCGAGGCUCGCUGCGCGAUGGCCAGCCGGCAGCUGCCCGAGCCUGCCGGGAAGAGCUGCCGGCCCCGCAAUGGGGUGCUGCAGGCGGUUAUUCCGCAGCUGACCGUAACUUCGGAGGAGGACGGCGGAGAGGCGCAGCGCAGCCCUGCCAUGCUGCCUCCGACGGAGCCGAACGGGGCUUGGCUGACGACGGACAGUUCGCUGCAUCUGCUGCAAUCCUCCAGGCGGCUCUCGACGUCCUCGCUCUCCUCCACGGGCUCGUCGUCGGUCUUCGAGGACUCCGAGGAUGACUUGUUGAGCGACACGGAAGGCAGGAGUCAGGGGAUCGUUCAGUUGGAGCACGGCGAGGAGACGCACCAGAAAAAGGCAUGGCAGACAAUAAAGACAAUUGUCAAUUUGCCAGUCAUCAGUCCCUUCAAAAAACGGUAUUCUUGGGUGCAGUUGGCCGGUCACACUGGAAGUUUCAAAGCAGCCGAUGGUGGGACGAUUCUGAAACGCCACUGUGAGAAUGAGGAGAAGUGCUUUAAACUGCUGAUGAAAGAUUCACUACGUUCCUGUGUCCCUGUAUUCCAUGGUGUGGUGGAGAGAGAUGGCGAGUCCUAUUUACAGUUGGAUGAUCUUCUAGCUAAUUUUGAAGGGCCUUGUGUGAUGGAUUGUAAAAUGGGAGUCAGGACAUACUUGGAGGAAGAAUUGACUAAAGCACGAGAAAAACCCAAGCUUCGUAAAGAUAUGUAUAAGAAGAUGAUAGACGUGGAUCCUUUGGCACCCACUGCUGAAGAAAACGCUCAGCAUGCAGUGACCAAACCUCGGUACAUGCAGUGGAGGGAGACCAUCAGCUCCAGUGCUAGCCAGGGUUUCAGGAUCGAAGGGAUAAAGAAGGCUGAUGGGACUUGUAAUACCAACUUCAAGACAACAAAGACACGAGAACAAGUUUUCCAGGUUUUUGUGGAAUUCAUUAAGGGAAACACAACUAUAUUGAAAAAAUAUUUAAAGCGUCUGUGUGAAAUUCGUGGCAUCCUUGAGUCUUCUGUCUUCUUUAAACAACACGAGGUAAUUGGAAGUUCACUGUUAUUUGUGCACGAUGAAAGUGAACGUGCUAAUGUGUGGCUCAUUGAUUUUGGAAAGACUACCUUUCUUCCAGAUGGGCAAAUCUUGGACCACAGGAUUGCUUGGCAAGAAGGGAACCGGGAAGAUGGAUAUUUAUUUGGACUGGACAAUUUAAUUGAUAUCUUAGAAAGUAUGUUGGAGAGAUGAGAAAUACUAACUUGAAGUUGCUAACUUUUCUAGAAUUGCUCCCUCCGAAGCCUUUUAAAAUUCUUCCAAGACUCUGGGGGGUCCAGAACAUGGAAUACUCCAGCAAAAAAAGAUGUAAUUCCUAACAAGCCAUGAAACCUAAACAGUUCAGAAGCUAAUUUUGAAUGCACCAAGCAAACAUAAGAUUUAUGCAAGAAAUAGGAUGAUUGUGAACAUUGGGAUGAUGAUCAGAACAUUUGCUUACAUGUGAACCAACUAAUUCAGUAUUGCUGUUUAUUGACCUUGGGCAUAGAGUAAAAAAAAUAUAUAUCAGAGCUCUCCUUUUCAAAGAAGAAAUCUUCAGAACUAACAAGCAGGUUUUCC